UAUUUGAUGCAAUAAGGGAGAAGUUUUUCAGGAGGGUUUAACGAAAGCUGUUUUGAUUAUUUUUGUCGAUUGUUUUGUUUUUGGAAACCACAAUUACAAAAAAAAAUGAAUGUUAUAGAUCACGUUCGAGAGAUGGCAGCCGCCGGACUCCACUCCAAUGUCAGGAUAUUGAGCAGUUUGUUACUUACAAUGAGUAACAACAACCCGGAGCUGUUUUCCCCAUCGCAGAAAUACCAGCUGCUGGUGUACCACGCGGAUGCCCUGUUCCAUGAUAAGGAGUACCGGAAUGCAGCUUGCAAGUACAGCAUGGCUUUGCAGCAGAAGAAAGUGUUGAGCAAGACCUCUAAAGUAAGGACCUCUGCUGGGAGCAAUGCAUCCUCUUUGCAAGGACAGAGCCUUCCGUCUGAGAUUGAGGUGAAGUAUAAAAUUGCAGAGUGCUACACCAUUCUCAAGCUGGAUAAAGAUGCCAUUGCAGUUCUGGAUGGGAUUCCAUCAAGGCAGAGAACGCCCAAGAUCAACAUGAUGCUGGCUAACUUGUACAGGAAAGCUGGGCAAGAGCGCUCAGCAGUAACCAGCUAUAAAGAAGUUCUGAGACAGUGUCCUCUUGCUCUUGAUGCUAUUAUCGGUCUGCUGUCCCUGUCUGUCAAAGGAGCAGAAGUCGCAUCAAUGACCAUGGACGUGAUUCAGAGCAUCCCCAGCCUGGACUGGCUUUCCGUGUGGAUAAAGGCCUAUGCUUUUUCACAUGCUGGGGACAACCUGAGAGCCAUCAAUACUAUCUGCUCCCUGGAGAAGAAAUCUCUGUUGCGUGACAAUGCUGAUUUGCUAGUGAGCCUGGCAGAUCUGUACUUCAGAGCUGGGGACACUAAAAAUGCAAUUCUUAAGUUUGAACAAGCUCAGAUGUUGGAUCCCUACUUGAUAAAAGGGAUGGAUGUCUAUGGGUACCUAAUGGCUCGUGAGGGACACCUGGAGGAUGUGGAGAUCUUGGGCGGAAGACUGUUCAAUAUCUCUGACCAGCAUGCUGAGCCCUGGGUCAUAUCUGGGUGCCACAGUUUCUACAGUAAGCGGUACUCGCGGGCACUCUAUCUGGGUGCCAAGGCCAUCCAGCUGAACAGCAACAGCGUGCAGGCCCUGCUGCUGAAGGGGGCGGCGCUGCGCAACAUGGGCCGUGUGCAGGAGGCCAUCAUUCACUUCCGGGAAGCCAUGCGGCUCGCGCCCUGCCGUCUGGACUGCUACGAAGGUUUGAUUGACUGCUAUCUGGCAUCGAAUGGCAUUCGGGAAGCAAUGGGAAUGGCCAACAACAUCUACAAGACUCUUGGUGCCAAUGCUCAGACCCUGACUAUCCUGGCCACAGUGUGCCUGGAGGACCCCAUGACCCAGGAGAAAGCCAAGACACUGCUGGACAAGGCUUUAGCCCAGAGACCUGAUUACAUCAAGGCUGUCGUGAAGAAAGCAGAGCUGCUGAGUCGGGAGCAGAAAUACGAGGAAGGUAUUGCUCUUCUGAGAAACGCCUUGGCUAAUCAGAGUGACUGUGUGCUGCACAGGAUUCUGGGUGACUUUCUGGUUGCAGUGAAUGAUUAUCAGGAGGCUAUGGACCAAUAUAGCAUUGCUCUGAGCCUGGACCCCAAUGACCAGAAGUCCCUGGAAGGGAUGCAGAAGAUGGAGAAGGAGGAGAGCCCCACGGAGGCCACGGCCGAAGAGGACGUGGACGACAUGGAGGGCAGCGGGGAGGACGGGGACCUGGAGGGCAGCGACAGCGAGGCGGCGCAGUGGGCGGACCAGGAGCAGUGGUUCGGCAUGCAGUGACCCGCCUGCGCUCGGUGGUCGAGUGCGAGCUGUGUGCGUCUCUGUCGGUGUCUGUGAUGAGAGGGUGGCUUCAGAAUUACUGCCCCCUGGAGCAAAGAGAGUUGCCCCCCCCCCCUCCCCCACCUGUCUCACAGGGGGCUACCACCACCUGCUCAGUGUCAGGCGCACCAGUGGCCUUCCUACCCAAGUGUACAAGCGGUCCAGGACACAGACAGAAGGGCAGUGACAUUAGCUUGCUUGAAAUGUUAUAAGGUUCAGGUCAGCUUGUUCAGUAUUGUUCAGUUUGAGAAUCCAGCUUAUUCUUAAUUAGGUUAAAGAUGGGAAAGAACUAUUGGAUAAUGACCUCUGAACUUCCCGUCUCUAAGGAAUUUCUAGUACGCUUUUCUUGAUCUGAAAUCGUGUUUUUGUUUUCUUAUGAUGGGGCAAGGAAUGUGUUAAGCCUUAUUAUGAGAACAGUCAGAAAAGGCAAUCCUAUAGUUAGAACUGUGAGAACUGAUUUGGAUCGUUCCUCAUUUUUUUUAAUUUAUGCCUGGCUUGUUCUUUGUAGAGCUGUCUUUGGUAGGUCUGAACUGAAAGUCCCCAAGCUGUAUUUCACACCAUAAAGAGUUAACCCAAAUGAUUGUGGCUCCUAACAGGAUUUAGCAGGUGGGAAUGGUAGAGAGGCAAAGAACACAACAAAGAUGUGUAGAGUUGGGUGAUAAUUGAUAAUUGAGUGGUUGUCUUUUUUUGGUGUGUUUUCAUUGAGCUGGGAUUAUUUUAUUUGAGAUUUAGUAUGUUUUUGCAUUGUUGUGAGAGGAUUAUAUUUUUAAAAUGUAUCAGAAUAUUUUUUAUUUUAUGUGAGUUACAGGAAGACGGCAGCUUAGUGUUGCAGUAUUUAUGAAGGCAGGAGUUUUUUUUUUAAUCAUCCUUAGGUCCCAUCUUCAUCCAGAAUCCGGACAAAACAAUGGUCAUGAGCAGACUUUUACUGUAUCUCUGUGACCGUUUCACAUUUCUGUGAUUUGCAGGCAUGUGUAGGGUUAAUAAAAAAAUUAAAGUACAAAAUUUGCACAUAUCCCUGACAUCUGUUUUCCAUAGCCCCACUUUCUCCUAUUACAUUUGCUCCUUUAUACAUAGUUAUUUCCAGAGAAUUGAGCACACCCCAUUCGUUGACCAUUAUUGUGCAAUUGAUAUAUAGGCUGCUUUUAAAGUUAGUUGACUUCUGCGGACAAUGCCAAUAUUCACCAGCCCUUCAACUACAGUUGUCCACCAGACUUGAUGAACUAAGGAUGUAUUGUGCUCCUUCUCUUGGACAAUGGAGAUCACAGCCAUCUGUUGUAAUGGUUCCCAAACCUGGUCCUGGACGGACCCUGUCUGAUGUUUUUAAUUAAUUCCUGCAGGGCUCUAAAUUGAUGACUUACUUCAUCACUCUGCUACAAGGUUCAUCAAUUGCCAAUCCCGUUUGACCUUUUAAGAUGAGAAAGCGAAUUUACAGGUAUGCCCCCAUUAACAAGCCUUGUGAUUAAGAACUUGUCUGAGUACAACCCCAAGAGAAGAGGCUGCUCCUCCAAGUGGUUAGGAACCACUGCUCCAGUAUGUGUGCAAGGGGAGUGGUUUUAUUUAUGCAUGUGUUCAUGUCACUGUUCCAAAGUGCAGUAUUCUAAGUGUGCAUCAGAACCCAUUGCGUCGGUCUUCUGGUUUUACAACCGUAGGAUUGUUUUAUUUGAAUAAGUGCAAUCAAGUACCGCCCCUUCCUGCUCCACUUUAGGAAUACCAUGUUCAUGUUUGCAUGCAGUCAUCACAGCUGAAUGGCUGACCUCUAAAACUUGCCCAGCUCCUGUCAUCACGACAGAAGAUCAAACCUGUGCAACUGUGGCCCAGCCACUACAGCAGCAGGGUUGGUCAUAGAUUACACUAGGUGUAUCUAUCUAAAACCGAGGUGUGUCUCGGUUUCACACCUACCACCCACUCUUGUUUUCUGCUGCUGUGCUAGGUACUGAAAAUCACAGUUUGGUUUCUAAUUGGAGAAACCGUACUGUGGGUGGAAUUGGUCUGACCGAUGCUUAUAAACCUGUCGGAGAACCUGGACAGAAAUAGAUUUCAUUUUUCUCAUCACUGUUAAUUCUUUUGACAAGUAGAGCGUAGGGCUGCUUAAAAAAUGCAUUUAAUAUAAAUGUCUUGGCCAUUCUGACUCAGUAACUAACAAUCAAGCCGAAGAGAGGGAAUGCUGAUUUCAGGUGGUGGAUCUGCCAUUAGAUGUUGCCUAAUUAGAGUGUUCGUGAUGAAAAUGAUGCUCCCUGAAACAAGCUGUCCUUCUAAAGCAUUAAUAUUCACUUCUGGUCCUGGAGGGCCAAAAUACCGCAGGUUUCUCAGGUAACUCAUAAUCCUUCAGAUGGAAAGACCCAGUGAGUGAACAAUUGGAGUUAUUUAGAAUCCAGGGUGAUAGAUUGAAAAUUAGACCAGGACCAGAAGUGAAUACCUGUUCUAAGGCACUGGCGUACUGUAGCUUUAGGUGGAGUUCUAUAAUUAAUAACGUGGGAUUUUUUUUUCAAAUUGGUGUUUAAUAAAUGAUUUAAUAAAUUGUCAUACUGUAUUGUUUGAUGUGUUGCAGUCCUGGUAUUCUAGUGGUCUCCAACCAUGGUCUGGGGUUCUAUGCUUCUCAAGAAACUUUAAAUAGAUCAUGGUCAGUCACCUUGAUUAAGUUAUUCAAUAGGUAGUUUAGUUUAGUUUAGUAUACCCCUCCCCACAACAAAUGUCUUAAUGAGCUGCAAUGCAGCGUAAUGAAAGAGAACCUGGAUUUUUGAUGACUACCUUUCACACGUGGUUUAAGAUGUUGAUGAACACUUUUGUCAUAUGUGAAAUAUAACCUCUUAACUUCUGUAUGUUAUAAGAAGAAAAAGUUGAAAGAAGGACGUUCAUUGGAAGUAACUGGCUAAACUAUGUAUGUGUAACUUUGUGAUGUUUAAAAUAAAAGUGCAUUAUUAGUA